GAACUCCGGAGGAUCCGACGACUUCCAUAAGGACAACGUGAGUAGUCAUAACUCUCUUCACAUUCGGACGAGAAUAUUGUCAUCCAAAACGAUGACAUCGAUAUGGAAGCUCUUAAUAAUCUCAGAUUGGAAGCCGGUCUCUUACAAUUAAAUCCAUCUAAAAGUGUGCGAACAUCAUCAGAUAUUAAAAAAGGAAAAAGCCUGAAACGUGCAAAAACAGACCUAGCUCACAGCCAGUCUACGAAUAAGGUCUUCAGUACUGAGACCCAUUCUUCUCUUGAUUCUGUUAAUAUUUCUACCUCAGGCUCAACUAUUACUAUAUCGGAGACUGUAUUGAAGAACAGAUAUUCCUCAGAUAAUCAAGGACCUUUUGACGUACACGUACAAAGGAUUUCGAAGCCACACGCUUCCCUUCAUCCUAUAUCUGUAGGAAGGAUCAUUGCUAGUCUUAACGUUUGGGCAUAUAAAAGCAUCAUGCAGAAGCAAACCACGCUGUGUCCACUGUGGAGAGAAGGAUCAUUGUUUCGAUAAAGAGCAGUGCCCUCAUGCACAAGACCCCCCUAAAUGUGCCAACUGCGGAGGUGGUCACAAAGCGGACUCACCAUCAUGCCCUGAGCUGUUAAUUCAAAAGGAGAUUAGACAAUACGCGGCUCACAGGAACAUCUCGCUGCUCGACGCCAGGGAAAUUG